UCAGCCCCGGGCAGAAGCGCACGCUCCCAGGGAAGGCAGGACCCCUGUGUCAAACCUGCUGGACAGGAAGGAGAUUUGCAGCCAGCCUCCCAGCCCCACUCAUGCUUACCGCCUGAGGCAGCCAACCCAGACCCUGCACACGGCCCGCAGGGAGCCAGGUGUGGAGCCCUCCCUGGAGACCAGGGUGUCAGGCAGCCCUCCGGCCAGCUCCCCCUGGAGCUCAGGGAGCUCAGCUGUGACAAUGGAGUCAGGAGGGGGGGCCUCAACAGCCCAGCCCCCCAUUGCUGCCUUGGGGGAGCUGAACUCUGGGCCUGGCUGCUCCUCCCGGGAGCUCCCGAGGGCAGACCCGGGGAAGCUCCAGGCACUGCCACUCGGACCUAGAGCCCACGGCAAGGACUCUGACCCUGGGACCCCCGGCAGCCCAGUUGCUGCAGGGAAUGGCCCCCCGGAUACAGGCCCCUCGGGGGAGCUGAAUGGUGGUGCUAAGCUCCCCAACCGGGACAGCGGGAUCGACAGCCCAUCCUGCAGCGUGGCUAAUGAGCAGUUCCCCUGCGGGGAGGGCAGCGAGGCUGGCCAGGGCCCCACCGUCCUGGGCCUGCAGCUGGACGGAGCCCCAGAAGGCAAGGCCCUGCAGGAGGUGGCCGAUAGCGACGUGGGUGAAGGCAGCGGUGAGGAGCCCGACCCCGAGAACAGCCCCCCAGGGGACCUUGCCGACCUGGCCAAGUGCUCCGAGCCCCCGAAGCUGCUCCACAUCGCCCAGGAGCUCCUGCACACCGAGGAGACCUAUGUACGGCGGCUGUACCUGCUGGACCAGGUUUUCUGCACCCAGCUGACAGAAGCCGGCAUCCCUUCGGAGGUCACCACGGGCAUCUUCUCCAACAUCUCGUCCAUCUAUCGCUUCCAUGGGCACUUCCUCCUCCCCGAGCUGCAGACGCGGAUCACUCAGGAGUGGGACACGAACCCCCGGCUCGGGGACAUCCUGCAGAAGCUGGCCCCAUUUCUCAAGAUGUACGGCGAGUACGUCAAGAACUUUGACCGGGCCAUGGAGCUGGUGAGCGCCUGGACCCAGCGCUCCCCAGUGUUCAAAGACGUAGUCCACAGCAUCCAGAAGCAAGAGGUGUGUGGGAACCUGACGCUGCAGCACCACAUGCUGGAGCCCGUGCAGAGGGUCCCCCGCUACCAACUGCUACUCAAGGACUAUCUGAAGAGGCUCCCAGGAGAUGCCCCCGAUCGGAAGGACGCAGAAAGGUCCUUGGAGCUCAUCUCCACCGCUGCCAACCACUCCAACGCUGCCAUUCGGAAAAUGGAGAAAAUGCACAAGCUCCUGGAGGUGUACGAGCGACUGGGUGGGGAGGAGGACAUCGUCAACCCCGCCAACGAGCUGAUCAAGGAGGGUCCGAUCCAGAAGCUGUCGGCCAAGAACGGCACAGCGCAAGACCGGCACCUCUUCCUGUUCAACAGCAUGAUCCUUUACUGUGUGCCCAAACUGCGGCUCAUGGGCCAGAAGUUCAGUGUCCGGGAGAAGAUGGACAUUUCGGGCCUCCAGGUGCAGGAUAUCGUCAAGCCAAAUGCGGCGCCCACGUUCAUCAUAACGGGAAGGAGACGGUGCCUGGAGCUGCAGACUCGGACAGAAGAGGAGAAAAAAGAGUGGAUUCAGGUCAUUGAGGCCACCAUCGAGAGGCACAAGCAGAACAGCCAGACCUUCAAGGCCUUCAGCGGCUCCUUCGGCCAAGAGGAGGACCCAUCCCUCCCUCCAGAUUCCCCUGUGGUGGGCUCCAGCUCAGAGGGGCCGGCAGUGGCAGCCAGCGGUGGAGGGGGUACAGCAGGGCCUGAGCCCAGGAGGGGGUCUGGUAAGACCAGGCGCGACAAAGAGAAGCAGGGCUGCAGAAGCUGUGGUGAGACCUUCAACUCCAUCACCAAGAGGAAGCAUCGGUGCAAGCUGUGUGGCGCGGUCAUCUGUGGUAAGUGUUCCGAGUUCAAGGCUGAGAAUGGCAGGCAGAGCCGCGUCUGCCGAGAGUGUUUCCUGACGCAGCAGGUGGUACCUGACAGCCCCAGCCCUGAGGCGGCACCCGAGGAGCCCAAGCACAGCACAGAGAACCCAGUGCCUGUGGACCCCCAGCCCAGCAUGCUCUGCAGCUCCCUGCAGGUGUCGGACAGCGGUGUGGUGUGGAGUGAGGUGUGGGCCACCAUCCCGGCGUCAGAACCCUUGGAGCUGGUGCUGCACCUGCCGAGAGACAGCCAGGAUGGCGGGCCGCCACGCACCAUCCCCCUUGCUGGCUGCACAGUGAGUGUGUUGGACCCUGUGGAGAGGCCGGACAGCAGGCACGUGUGGCGGCUACAGCAGGCCCAGCAGUCCUUGUACCUGAGCACCCCAUCAGCGGACCUGCGGCAGCAGUGGCUGGAAGCCCUGAGCGCAGCUGCCCGCGGGGACCCUGGCCUAGUGGCCCUGUGAGCUGAGCCUCGGCCCGGUGUCCCGGCCCUGUGGCCACCAUAACAGGGCCUGUGCCCACCUGGGAGGCUAUGUGCAGGCGUGUGGGGCUCUCGGACUGCUGGCAGCAGACAAGCCACGGGACACUUGACCCUGGGGGGACCUCUUUCUGAAGCAGAGGAAACAGGCCCAUGUGGCCAGCGUGUGUCCAGGAAGACCGUGACAGCAUGGCCUGGAGCAGGGCGCAGGCGACCGUGCAGUGAGGGAAACCCAGCUCCGGAAGGCAGAAGGAGAGGCCUGGGGGCACUCGGGGACAGCGGGUGGAGGUCUGCAGCCUUUUUCCCUCCCCGCCGCCCUGCCCCGUCUGGACCGUGUGAGCUGAACUGUGACUGGCCUGGACUGCACCUUCAUGUUCUGCCGCUCCCGGUGCUGCCCCCGCCUCCCGCCUCCCUGUUUGGAGAGGCCGCCGUCGCUGGGGGCACGUCUGCGGGACCUCCCUGAGAAACUCCGCAGAGCCCAGGGGAGGCCUGGCCCUGCAUCACGUGGGGCCGAGAUUUGUGCCCAUGUCCCCUGGCCAGCGGCAGGCCAUACUGGUCUGUGAAAAUAAAUGCUGGCGGCCAGUAGCCGGGCAUAGCCUCAGGGUGGGGCCCCAAGGAGGGGAGAGUGGGGGACGGCCCAGUGAGGACUGCGGGGAGCAGGUCCCGCCCCUGUGAGGGGGUCAGUGAAGCGCCCAGCCAGCCCCUCUCCCUGGUCCAGUCCCUUCUCCUCUGACCUCUGCUCUUUGCACUCACUGAGCACUUUCUAUGUCCGCAGGCCUAGUGGGCUCUUCUCAGGGGCGCCCUGUCCGGGAUGUUCCCACGUGACAGCUGAGGAGACUAAGUUAUAGGAGGUCCCACGGGUCUCAGAACUCCAAAUAUCAGGGGCAGCCGGGACUGACCCACUGGGUAUGGGGCACUCCACUCGGGUCAGGUGUGGAACUAGGCCCCCCACAGCAGGAACCCACGUGGGGUCCUCCUGGCCAGCCCCCUAGUGAGCUGUCUGGGACCUGUCCUCCUGCCCAGCAGGCUGGGGUCCCCAUACACAGGUUUCCAUGGUGACCUCAAAGGGGCCCUGCCCUCACCGGGCAGCCCUGGGGUUGAUCACCAGGAUCCUUAAGUAUGAAAGAGCGUGCUGCCCCCCGCAGUCGGCUGCAGUCCAUGGGAGAGCCCGGGGCCAGCCGUGGGCCCCACAGGCUGUGGCUACAGCAGGGCUGGGAGACAUGCCCCCACUGCCCGUUCUGGACUGGGCUUUGAGGCUGUGCAGGAAGGAAUUCCUCCCUGUGGAGCCACAUCUCCUGCAGUGUGGGUGUUGGCAGAGUGGUCAGAGGAGGGCAGGUCCCCUGGAGACCUGUAGGGAGAGCACACAGGCCAAGGGCAGGGCCGAGAGGGGCCAGCAGAGCAGGCUGGGGGCCACAGGGCCUGGCCCCAGGUCUCCCCAGCAUCUCCUUUGGCGUUGCUCUGAGAGGUGGGGGCCGUGAGGUGGACUUGGG